AUGUUCUGUAAGAAAAAGGAGGAAGGGAUGGUGUUUUUCAUGUCGUAUCCGCCGACACGGCGGCAAAUGAUGGUUUCCGUGGCGUUUUUCGCGGCAGGCGUUUCUCUCUUCGCCGCCGGAGCGUAUCUAUCACUCGAAAACAUUGGACCGCAACAAGCUCGCGUCAAGGCUCGGAACCAAUUCGUCAAGGAUCGAAUCAGGAAAUGGCUCGACGAUUAGAGUUUCACAAAAUCUAUUUUUCUGCUGAUUUUCGCUGUAAUUUUAGAUUUUGAUGUGAAGGGUUCUUCAAGGGUUUAGGGUUUAAGCGAUCUGAAUCUUCAGUUGUUAACAUUUCCUGUUUUUUUUUUUUUGUUAAAAAUAUCAAAAAGUUCUUUACAUGUUAAAGGUUCAAGCUUUUUUUUGUCGGUUUGUUAGUUCAAUCUUGACAAGACGAGUAAACCAUAAGAGAAUGUGUGU